AUGGCGACAGCUACUGGAAUGGCCCAGAAUUCAGAUAGCGAUCUAGCGUCAGCAUCGGAUGCCAUCGAUCAAAUGAUUUCGAUGUCGAUUGCAAAUCAUAACCCUGAUGUCAAUAAUCAAAAUUCAGAUAAAACAAUAAUAGAACAAACGAAUAUUACUCGUCAGAAUUGCCCUCCAAGUCGUUUUCGUACAAUUGAAUACUUAAAACGACUGACAUGGACGAAUAGUGGUCCCGAACAGUUAGAACGUGCCGAAAUGAAGGUCUUAGAAACAUUGAAAAGCCAAUUUCAAGGCCGUUCCAUUCCUGUAUGCAACGGUACACAAAAAAUCUGGACUAUCUAUUCGAAUAUAACUUCGAAAAAUUAUCCUCUGGUACUCGUUCAUGGUUUUGGUGGUGGUGUUGGCUUAUGGAGUUUGAACCUUGAUCAGCUAUGUAGCGACCGUCCGGUUUACGCUAUAGAUUUGCCUGGUUUUGCCCAUAGUAGUCGCCCAGUGUUUAGUCUUGAUCCAUUAGAAGCUGAAAAACAAUUUGUAGAUAUGAUAGAAGAAUGGCGAAUCGGAAUCGGACUGAAUGAACCGUUUAUAUUACUUGGUCAUAGUUUCGGUGGCUUUCUAAGUACCUCAUAUUCAAUACGGUAUCCAACAUAUGUUAAACAAUUAGUUUUGGUCGAUCCAUGGGGUUUUGGAUAUAAACCACCUAAUUGGCAAACGUCGCCCAUGCAACGUAUUCCACCGUGGUUAAGAUCGUUUUCAUCCGUGAUGAUGAAAUUUUCUCCAUUAGCUGGUCUACGAGCAGCAGGGCCGUUUGGUAUUCGAAUCAUGAAGUACUUUCGGGCCGAUCUGCGAAACAAAUUCGAAACACUUUUUGACGACGAUCGAAUCCUAGUUUAUUUAUAUCAUUGUAACGUUCAAAUUCCAACGGGUGAAGAAGGCUUUCGAACAAUAAGUGAUUUACUAGCGUGGGCGAAGCGACCUAUGCUUGAUAGAAUCGAUGAAUUAGAUCCACAAAUACCCGUGUUUUUUCUCCAUGGUGAACAAUCAUGGAUCGAUAUUGAAUCAUCCGUCUGCGUACAAUCAAAGCGUUCGAAUGUCUCUGUCGAUAUGAUUCCACAAGCCGGUCACCACGUUUAUGCUGACGCACCUGUGGAGUUCGAUGCGUAUUUAAAACGUGUUUUAUUUAAUAAAUAA